CAAUUUUCGACCUAUUCUUAUAUAAAUUAUAUAUGUAUACAUAUUUAAGUAUAUAUAGCAUAUAUAUAUAAAUUAUUAUAUAAUAGAUAAAAUCCAAACUAGCUUUAUAUAUAAUAGUAAUAAGAAAAGAAUACCAUACUUUAUUGGAGAACUUCGAUCUAUCGAAAGUUUUGAUGUUUUAAUUAUGGUUGGUUUGGAGCAAUGGUUUAAUUAUAUUUUUAUGAUAUUUACAAUUCUUAACGUGACUUCAAUUUAUUAAUUUCUUUCAAUGGUUAUUUUUUAAGUUUUUAAGUAAUUUUAUACCGUAUGUAGGCCUAUAUAUACAAUGAAAAAAAGGGCCGUUGACCUGCCGGGCCGAGUUGACUCGAAAGCUUUGUAUUUAGCGAGCGGGUAGGUAUUGUAUUAUUAAUUGCGAGCGGUAUUGUAUUACUAAUUGUGAAUGCGUCAUCGGCGCUCCAUACAUAUACACACAUUGGCGGCCGUUGUAGAGGGAUAUUGGCCUAGGCCGUUUGAGCCAUACCAAUUUGAGCCACUAGAAAGUGAUUUUGAACACGAAACACCUGAAGACCAGGAUUUGAUCGAAAAGCAACAUCGAUUAGGCAACACUAACUGGUGCAAAUGUGGACACUGUCAGGAAAUGAAUUCUAUCGAAGAAUGUCUGUGCUGUCACGAGGUUCCAGAUGUGGUUGCAACAAGAGACAGAGAUAUUACUGUGACUGGUGAUCUGAAUUGCAUUACUCGCCAUCCAGGUUUUGAAUCAAACUGUCUCGAUGUAUGGAGUUUGCAGAUGGCUAGGAAGAACACUCCAAAGAAGUACAUGUGCAGUGAAAAGAAAUCAGCCCAUGAGAAAUACAGGCACACUGGAUACAGGAACUUUGUCAAAUGGACACAGGGGUACUUGGGCAAAGGUAACCGUGUGGUUUUACCAUCAUGUGUUGUUGCCAAAAUCAGGAACAAGUUCAGGUCCGAGCAUUACGCGGGUUUUAAAUAUCCAAGUCUAUAAAUAAAUACUGAAGCAUAUUUUUACAACGGUC